AUGUUGUCUCUGCAAUUGAAAAAUGGGCGAGAAUUGUAUUAUUUGAGCGAAGUUGAAGUUCAGAUUGGAAUUGAUGAAAAUGGAGGAAUGGAGAAGUACGGUAAUGAACUUGAAGGAACUGGCGAUUCUGAUUUGACAACUCAUACUUAUGAAGGAGGUUUUAGGGUAAGAACAGUUUUGGGAUUGAUUUGGAGGGAAAAAUAUGGUUUCUGAAAAUUUUGAUUCACAAAUUGACUUUGAUAUAUCAAUAUUAGUCCUAAAAAAUACAACAAAAAUCCAUCAAAAAUAAUCUGAAACUUGAAAAUUUUAUCAUUUUUCAAUUCAAUUAAAAAUUAAAGGAAUCUCGAAUUUUAAGCUCCUGGAGCUCAAAAAUCAAAAAUUUAUAAAUUGAAAUCACCUGAAGCCUCAUUUUGAGCCAAAAACAGGAAAAUCAAAUUUUUUGACCUGGAAAAUUGCUUGAAUAAUAUUUUUAUAACCUUCCAAAAAUUAUGAAUUUUCUUUGAAACAGUGCAUUUUUCUAUAUGAAUUAACCUAAGCUGAGGAAUUAUUGGAAAAUGUUGUUUUUCAAUUUUGUUUUUCCAAGUUAUUAUCUGAAAUUUCGAUAAAUUUUGAGAUUUAAAUUUGGAAAAUUAAAAAGCUUGGCCUAAAAAGUUCGUCAAAAUGUAAUAUUUUCAGAUUUGGGAAUGUACAACUGAUUUGUGCGAAUUUAUCGAAGAAAAUUCGGCAUUUUACAAUGGAAAACGAGUUUUGGAAUUAGGAUGUGGUGCUGCAUUGCCAUCUAUUUUGACAUCAAUUCAUGGAGCAUCUCAUUGUUUUGUUCAGGAUUUUGUAGGUUUUCACUUUCAAAAAUUACCAAAUCAUCUUUUUUCCAAAUUUCAGAACUCUAGCGUUAUUCAAUGCUUCACUUUGCCAAAUUUUUGUUCAAAUGAAGGAAAAGCUCAAAUAGAAAGUGCAUCGAUUCCAUGGGAAAAAGUUCCAGAAACAAUUGAGAAUAAUAGUUAUGAUGUGAUUCUUUCGUCGGAAACUAUUUAUAAUGAAAAAGAUUAUGAGAAUCUGCAUAAUGCGGUUGUUUCAGCUUUGAAAAGUGAUGGAGUCGCGUGAGUUUGGGGAAGAAAGGUACUGUUUCAGCUUUUACUCGAGAUUUUUUAUAAAAUUUUCUAAUACGGUUCGACCACCUGAUUCUGUUGGCAAAAAUCUCGAUUAAAAGUUGGAAAAAUACCCUUGAAAAAUGAAAUCGUGAGAAAUAAAACAAUUUUCAGAUACUUUGCCGCAAAGAUGUUUUAUUUCGGAGUUGGUGGAAACGUUCCGUCGUUUUUAGAUUUUGUUAAUAAUUUAGGAAUUCUCGAAGCAAAAAUACUCAAAAUCAUCGAUGCUUCUGUUCAACGGGUUAUUGUUGAAAUUAGAAGAAAAUAGAAAUAGAAGAGAUUUGAGUUUGUUGAAUUUGUUAUUACUUAUGUUUUGUUAUUACCAAAUAAAAAUGUUGAAAAUAAUGGAAUUUUGAUAUAAAUCUAUUUUUUCAAUAAAAUUUACAGAUUCUACUAAAUAUGAAAUUGGCUGAAGUUCCAAAUUUUUCUAUCCAAAAGUUACGAAAAAAAAACAUAUUUUUGAGCCAGAAUUAUGUAAAAAUAAUCAAUUUCAAACGUGGAACGUGACAUAUUUCUGCCAAAAAACAUUUUUGUUUUCGUUUUUCCUAUUUUCCCUAUUUCUUAUGCGCCGUCCAAAAUACAAAAAAUCUCCGUUCGAAAACAAGAAGAAAAAAGUUAGAUACGCAUGUGGUACGGUUUCACACACAUUUUUGCAACAUGCCCCUUUAAACUUUGUAGUGUGUGCCUUUAAGUCAGCCUAAUUUUUUUUUUUGUUUUUUCACUUUUUCGGUCAAAAUCAAAACUACAGCUCAAUUUUCAGAUGAAAGACUAUCUUCACAAAUAUUUUACUGAUUUUCGUGGAUAUCAUAAAUGUUUGAAAUGUCAAAAAGUGUUCCGAACUUCAUUCAAUGAUUUGUAUCUGAAUAAACAUCUUCAAGUGGCUCAUCAAUUGGUUGUAUCCGAUCUAAUUUUGGAAUAUGCGAAUGAAAAUUGGAAAGUUAUGAAGAAUUAUUAUAAAAAUGUGCUUCCAAAUGGAUAUUCGUGUCUUUUUUGCAAUCAAAUGUUUUAUGAUAAAAGUGAAUAUAUUCUUGUCAGUCAUAUUAAUACAGUUCAUGGUAUUGUAAUGAAAGAAAGAAUGGAGGAAGAAAGAAUGAUGCUGGAAAAUCGAAUGGAUGUUGGAUUGAAUGAAUUGAGUGGAGAUUCGUUUAGAGUAAGUUAUUUUUGGAAAAAAAGUUGAGCUUUCAACAUAUCUUUAAAAAUGGAAUAGAAUUUGAAAAAUUCAGAAAUGGAGCGAACAUUCUCCAUUUCAAUUCAAAUUUCUCAACUGUUGACGUAAAACGUUUUUUUUUUUCAGACCGCGGAAUUGAGAAGGCUGAAUUAUGAUCCGAAUGCAUUUCAAACGAUAACUGCAAUCAAUUACGAUGAUACAGAUGUGAGCGUUUUUUUUUCAAAAACCAUCUCACCGGUUUUUUUUUUCAGAAGAACAACAUAACAUGUGAUUUUUACCAAGAUGUUGGAAAUAAUACGAAAAGCUGUAUAAUCUGUAAUCUACAAUUAAAAGUUGUUUCGGUUUCGUCUUUGUUGAAACACUUGAGAAAUGUUCAUAAUGUUUUUGAGGCUUAUAAAUAUACCGAUGGAAUAGCGAAGAAAAAACCUAAAUUGAGUGGAGUUUGUCCGACGUGAGUCAAUUUUAGGAAUAGAAAAAUAUAGUAAAUAUUUUGUUUUCAGAAAAAGUGAACUGAAGAAACCGGACAAUUAUGUUGAAUAUGUGAGUUUGGAAUUUCUUUUGAUAAAAUCUUUACAAAAAUGAUUUAGGCAACACUUUCGAAUUUUUUCAUUUCCUCGGAAGAUUCAAUAACUUGUGUCAGUUGUGGAAUGGAACUUGAAAAUAAAACAUCAGAAGUUCAAUUGGAACAUAUUCGACAAUUUCAUCCUUCCAUUUUUGCAACUCUGAAAUCUGAUCCACCUCCAGUUCCGAAGAAACCGUUUUUGAAAAAGUGAGAGUUUGAUGGGGUUGUGAGCAGAGCUAGACAACAAUAUUUGAUUUUUGAAAAAAGUUAUUUUUUCUUAUUGGAAAAUCAAAUUAAUUAUUUAUUAUCAUUAUAUUAUUAAUUUUAUCAUCUUACAUACAUAUUUCGACUAUCUAUUGUAUUAUAAGUAAGCUAGUUUGUUGAUUUUGGUUUUGGAAAAAAUGGAUUUAGGUGGAGUAAAAAGGAAGCGGGUAAACCGUGGAAUAUGCAUUAUUCUUGAGAAAUUAAAAAAAUAUAUUGUUACUUUCCUCAAAAUGAUAUUUUCAGAAGAAUGAGGUCAUUCAACGCCGAACGAAAAUUAACAUCAUUCAUUAUUUCCCAAGGAAUUUCGUAUGAUGUUUUAGGCGAUCCAAACUUAAGAAUUCUUCAAAGAGCUAUGAAUAUUAAAAUAUCACAAUUAAAUGCAAGAUCUGUGCCACAUGAAAUUGACUCCAAAGAUAUUAUGGAUCGACUUAUUGAAGAUUGUGCAAUUGAAACUAGGGUAAGUCACUGAUCUAAAAACAUAUUUUCAACAAAACACUGAUUUUCAGGAACAAGCUAUGCCAUUUUCAAAUAAUUCUUUAAUAACAAUUUCAAUGAGUUUUCAUUGCGAAAAUCGAGAAAUAUUCGUGGCAGCUUGUUUGCAUAAUAAUACGAUCAAUUUCAAACGGAAAAAUCGGGUUGUUUUCAAAAAAUUGUCUUGUUCGAAAUUAGAUUGUAAAACAAUCGAGAAUCUUAUGAAAAAUUUGGAAAAAGAAUAUCAAUUUUCGAGUUCUCAAGUGUCGAAUUUGGUUGUUGAGAAAAAAUAUCUGGAUUUAUUCGAUGGUUUUGAUGAAAAUGUUUUGAAGUUCGAAAGUUUUCUUGAAAAUAUAUGUGAACUUGCGGAAAAUGUGCUGAAGGUUUCGUUCUUUGAAGAAACAUUGAGAAUGUUCAACGAAACCAUUGAUUUGAUCAGAUCUGAUGGGGAUUUGUUGGAGAAAUUUGAACUGUAAGUGAAAGAUCUAUAGCUGGAUAAAUGGAAUUCCAAAAGAAUUAAAUAUUAAAAUACUUACAGAUUGAUGAUGGACUGCAAUGUAAACCGAUUUGAUAUUUCACUUUUCAAUUAUUCGAAUUGGUAUGAAUGCUUAGAAAUGCUCAUUUUGAUCGUCGAAGAUAAAAGAAAGGUGAAAUCAUUUUUGAAAUUGUGAAAAUUUUAAGCAAGGACCCACAAAAAAUUGAUUUUGAACAUAAAUAAAUUCCAGAAAAAUUAAAAAUCAGAAAAAAAAGAUAUGUGACCGAACUAUUUUGGUGGCCGAGAAAUUUCGGGAAUUCGGCCAAAGCAAUAAACGCGCUCCAACAAUACGGAUUUUCGCAACAUUAGAGCGAGUUCGUUGCUUUGACUCGGCCACCAAAAUUGUUCGGUCACAUUUUUUUUCAUGUUUUUAUUUUUACUAAAGUUUAUGCUGAGCUUUACUUUUUUGUGAAAUAAAUGCAUUUUGAGCUUCAUUCAUCAAUAUUUUCAAAAGUGCUCUGAAUCUCUGCUUCCAGACGAUUUCCAGACCAUUCCAAGCAAAAUUUUAGAAUUAGAAUUUUCAGAUCUUAAUCAUCCAAUUGUUCUCCAGCAAAUGGCUUCCCUCAAAUAAAUUAUCUAAUUCAAUAAUUCAUUAUUUAUUGAUCCUCUCAAAUAUUCUCAAAAAAAUCAAUUUGGUUGCUAAAGCUGCUUCGGAUUCAAAUGGAACUAUUUCAAGUGUUAUACCUUUGGUAGUCGAACUGAUUGGAAAAUUGAAAUGGUUUGAUUUUAUUUUAUUAUCUUUUUUUAAUUUCAUCAUUAUUUUUUUCCAGCGAAGAAGUUGAUUUGAGCGAUCUGAUUGAAAAUCAUCUCGAAAUUUAUUUGAAGGACGAGAAAUAUAUGAAAUAUAAUUUCGCAACUUUCCUCGAUCCUCGAUAUGUUUUCGAUAAAAAUAUACAUUGUUAUAAAACUUGGAAUUAUAUUAAAACAAAAUUGGUUAACACGAUUCAAAUUGAAGAUCGAGAUUGUUUUUUGGUAGGUACUUACGAGGGAACUCACUGAAUAGAUUGUUUCUGUGACUUUGACAGUUCAAUUAUUAUUCCAACUCGGGAAAUAGAUAGCAAAUGAUCGCAAGAAAAAUUGACUUUUGGGAAGAUAGUUAAACCGCCAAAAUCACAGAAAAAGUUUAUUUCGUGCAUCUUCCCUUGUUAGAUAUUUUUAUUAUUUUAAAAACAAAACAAUUUUUCAGAAGGAAUUGGUAAUGUAUCAAGGAAUGAUAUCAGUAAGAACAACUUCAGUAUUAUCAAGUGAUUAUUUCUUUUUAUGGAGUGAGAAAAGAUAUUCUUUACCGAUGUUGUUCAAAUAUUCCAUGGAUUUUCUAAAUGUUCCAAUGUGUUGUCUAAAUGCCCAAUAUUAUUUUGGGUAAGUUUUCUUAUUUUUGAAAAAAAAUAAUUAUCAAGCUUUGUUCUAGGAAACAUGGAAAAUUUGGAUAUAUGAACAAAACUAUGGGUUUUGAACAGUUCAAUAAUUCAAUGAUUGUUGCUUCUUCUCAGGAAAUUUUCAAGUUAGUUUUUUCUAUGUUAUUUCAAAAAUAAAUAUUGUAUUUUCAGAUCUCGUGAUUUUUCGGUAUCUGCUCCAAUUAUUUUCAAUAAUCCAAUCAGUAGAUCUGAUAAUCCUCCCGAGCUUACCGAAUAUCAACCACAAGAAAACUCUGAAUUUAUUGAUAAUGAUCAAAUUGUGAUUAAAGUUGAGCCACCGAUAUUAGAAGAUGAAGAAGAAGAAGAAGAAGAAAUUAUGAGAGAUGAUAAUAAUUUGUUACAAUAUAUUAAGAAAGAAGAAGAGUAG